AUGCCUCGUAAAAACCAGUCGCUCAUGUCUCCUAGAAUUACCAGAUCCUCUGCUAGACAAGCAGCUAGUCUCGCAGCUUCAUCGACAGAACCCGCUGCUGGUGCUGAUCUCACCAACGCCACUGUACCAGCGAGCUCCAGUCCCCAGAACCUUACCGCUUCUGCGUCACGGAAACGAAAGGCUCCAGCUCAGCCACCCAGUCCUACUCCGGGUAAUCAGCAGUCGACAACCACUUCGACCAGACGAUCUAAGCGACAGAAAGUCGCCGAUCCCCUUUCGCCAGCUCAACUUUCCACCCAGACACCUGCCCCGCCUCGUUCUAAGAGGAAAGGCAAAGCUACCUCAACCAUGUCGAGCCCAGACACGCCUGCAGGCCCUGCAAGCAUCUCAGAGAAUACUGCCCCUUCUGGGUCCUCGAGUCGCAAGUCGAGCAGAAGCAAGAGAACAGCUCCCAGUGCAACAGGUAACCCUAAGACAAACAAAUGUAGGCUAAUUGACUGUUUUACUGACUCGGCUGGUUUAGAUCUCUCUGCCAACACACCCGGUUCUUCUCGUCGUACGAAACGAAAUGCUACCAACAAUGCCGAUCAAGAUACUGCCAUGACAGGCACUGACGAGGCAGAGAAGGAGUCAAUCCUUCCUCCACCGCCACCUCCCCCUCCCGAGCACCAGGACGAUGAGGACAGUGACGAUAAUGAUGAAGAUGAUGAGGAUGGUAGGAGGUACGACGAUGAAGACGAUGACCCUUUUGGUGGAUUUGGAGGCCCAGGAGGUCCUGGAGGGCUGUCCAGCACUCUGCGAGCACUCACAGGCAUGAUGUCGGGCAUUUCAUCCCGCCUGCGUGAGCUGCUGAACAACUUGCGUCAAAAAGAUGAUCCAUCAAUGCAACUGAUCGCGUUGCAGGAACUGUCCGAGAUCCUCCUAGUUUCGAAUGAGGACAACCUGUCUGGCCACUUCUCGCCCGAUUCUUUUGUCAAGGAACUUGUCAUUCUGAUGCAGCCUAACGAAAUCACUGGAGAGGAGAACCCCGAGAUCAUGCUCCUCGCUUGUCGAUGCUUGGCAAAUUUGAUGGAGGCCCUACCUGCGAGCGUUGCCAACGUUGUAUAUGGAGGUGCUGUGCCAGUUCUCUGCCAAAAGUUAUUGGAGAUCUCCUUCAUCGAUCUCGCUGAGCAAGCUCUGAGCACACUGGAGAAGAUCUCUGCCGAGUAUCCCUCGAGCAUUGUCCGAGAAGGUGGCCUCACGGCAUGCUUGUCGUACCUGGACUUUUUCGCCACAAGCACCCAGAGAACUGCUGUGACAACAGCAGCAAACUGUUGCCGAAAUAUUCCAGAGGAUUCGUUUCCUGUCAUCAGAGACGUUAUGCCGACCCUUCUCAACGUGCUUGGUAGCAGUGAUCAGCGAGUCGUUGAGCAAGCCUCUAUUUGCGUUUCUGGCAUCGUUGAGAGCUUCAAAUACCAGUCUGCAAAGCUUGAAGAGCUGGUAAGCGUGGAUCUGCUGAAAGCGGUUCUUCGACUACUUGUUCCAGGCACUACCAACCUCAUUGGGCCCAAUAUCCACACCCAAUUCCUUAGAGUCUUAGCUUUUACGGCUCGUGCCAGCCCUCAGCUGUCAGCAGAGCUCUUCAAACUUAAUGUCGUCGAGACACUCUAUCAGAUCCUCACCGGCGUUUCCCCGCCCAGCGGAACGGACGAUGUUGCCUCUAAGCUUGACAGCGUUGUUAUCAUGCAGGCUUUGAUUCACCGGCCAAGAGAGCAGAUCAUUGAGACCCUAAAUGUCAUCUGCGAGCUCCUUCCUAGCCUCCCUCGCAAUGCCGACCCUUCGUACGGCGAUUUUGUUGAGAUGAACACCACAGAACCCAUUACCCCGUCCUCAACUGCACCUGGAAAGGCACGUAAGUCACCAAACGACAAGCGAAUCGAGCUGCUAGAUGGGUGCAAAUCAGAGGUUCGGCGCUUUGCCCUGAUCUUGUUCCCAACCUUGACGGACGCCUUUUCAAGCACUGUCAACUUGAAUGUUCGACAAAAGGUUCUUACUGCGCAGUUAAAGAUGCUCUCCAAUCUGGAUGAGGGUAUUUUGGGAGAAGCGUUGAAGACGGUUCCCUACGCCUCCUUCCUCGCCUCAAUUCUAUCCCAGCAAGAUCAUCCUUCUCUUGUCAUGCUAGCACUGCAAGCCACUGAGCUCCUUCUGAGUCGUUUGGAUGAAGUAUAUCGAUACCAACUUUACCGUGAAGGCGUCAUAUUGGAGAUUACCAAACUCGCGGCCGAGGAGCAGACACCUUCCCCACCAGAGGCCGCCGAUACUCAGGACACCAAUACCGCUGAGAGACAAGCAUCAGCUGACUCUGCGGAUCGGUCAUCAGACAACGAUGAAUCUGAAGACGAUGACGAACACGAAGAGUCUGACGAUGAAGAAAAUGAAGAGGAUAACGAGAACGAGCCUCAUCCUGAUGACAUUUCGGGCUCACCUGUUAGUUCAAGAGGAUCUACUAUGUCACUCGAUGGACCUCCGCAACACUUUCUGUCGGAUGUACAGUCUAUGCGUGCAAGAAUCCGUGAGGUGGCAAAGAAAUUCUUGGAGAAUCACGAAACUGAGAAACAUGGUAAGACCAUGAAGAAGAAGGCUGCCAAGAUUUUGUCCAACCUCUCAGACCUUGCCGAAGAAAUCGAGGCAUUCUACGUUCACAGGACUGCCACUAACCUUGCACCUGAGAAAGGUGUCGAACUGUUCAAGAGACUGGCAUCAUCAUUUGACGCGGAUGUACUUGAGAGUGUCACGAGCGCUGAGCUACUAGCGUCCGGCCUCGUUCGUGUUCUUCUGGAUGUUUUCAGUAACCCAGAUGAAGAAUUGGCUCGAUCGGCUCAGUCGGCUUUUCUACAGGUCUUCAUGGGAUACACCGUUAAGUCCAAACCAAAGACCGCAACAGCUGAUUCGCCAGCAACUCCCUUCAGCGUAAUGGUUCACAAGCUGCAAGACUUGCUCAGUAGGUCUGAGCAUUUCGAGGUCAUUACGGUUCACCACAAUACUUUUGAUGGCAACCGCAGCAGCGCAGCAUCGAUGCUCGCAAAACAGAUUAGGCUCAGGCUAGUAGCAGAUGAGGAAUCAGAAAUCCCUCGGUCAUAUCGGAACAUCAUGGUGUCCAUUCACGCUAUUGCAACCUUCAAGUCUCUGGACGACUACUUACGGCCCAGAAUCAGCUUAUCCGAAAGACCACGUGGCUCUAGGCGAGCUGACAACCUCUCCAGAGCACUCGCGUCACUCGCAGGCUCUGCUGGUUUGCCCUUGAGCCAUGCCGCAGCAAGACUUGCCGAGCGCGCCUCAGCUGCAUCUGCUUCGAGCCCUAUUCCACCUCCACCCAGCGCACCCACGCCUGGUGCCUCGCGAUCUCUUCGCAAGACAAAAUCCAAAACAACGCCUCAACCAGAGACAGCACCUACUCCGGACACCUCUUCAAGCACUAGAGACAAGGCUGUGUUGCGGAGAUCAUCGCGCCGAAGUGCCGUAGCCGGGGGAGACAGCCCGGCACCCUCAAGGCCGCCUCCGGAAGAGGACGAUGACCUGCAGAACGCGCUGGAAUGCGCAGACGAGAAGCAGCUUUCUGAUGAUGAGGACAUUGGCGGUAGCAGCGCCCUCGACGCCAUUGUUGGGGACUUAGACGAGGACAUGGGAGAAUCGCCCGGCCCCGAACCUGGCGCUGUCAAUAUGGAAGUUGCGGCGGGUGGGAAGGUUACUGCACGCAAGGACGAUGGGACAAGGAUCCCGACGCCUUCUCAAAGUGCCCUACCCACUCGUUUCAGCGGCCUACCUGUCCCGACGUCACAAGAAACCCCCACGCCUUCAACUUCCUCGCGAGCCAUGUCCUAUGCAGCGGCCAUUCAGGCUGUGCCUCAAGAUUGGCACAUUGAGUUCACCCUCGAUGGUAAGGUGAUCCCAAGUGAAACCACGAUUUAUCGUGCGGUUCACACAUCAGCCUCCAACUCCGACGAGCACCUUAGCCGUAGUGUCUGGUCUGCUGUUCACCCCAUCAAAUUCCGCCGUGCUCCUGGCCCGCCUCCUGCGGAGACCUUAUCAUUCAGCCCCAACACUGAGUCUAAUGCCGAGGAGAAUGGAGAAGGAAAUGUGCCAGCGUCUCUUGCGAAGCAUCCAUCUACUUCUUCGAUUCUUCGUCUCCUAAACAUUCUUCACGACUUGAAUGCCAAUAUUGAAGACGUCAUGGUCGAAAACAGUGAGAAGGAUGCUGUUCGACUCAACGUUGAGCCCUUGUCUCAGUUUGUGAAUACCAAGCUUACUGCCAAGCUGAACAGGCAAUUGGAGGAGCCGCUCAUCGUCGCAAGCAACUGUAUUCCUAGUUGGGUGGAGGACCUGGCGAGACUAUACCCGUUCCUAUUUCCUUUCGAGACAAGGCACCUGUUCUUGCAAUCGACCUCGUUUGGUUAUGCUCGUUCGAUGACUCGCUGGCAAAAUGCCUCAGCCAACGAUGAUUCCCGACGUGACCGCCGUGACCACGAUCGUCCGUUCUUAGGUCGUCUCCAACGUCAGAAGGUCCGCAUUUCGAGAUCUAAAAUACUGGAAUCCGCUUUGAAGGUCAUGGAGUUAUAUGGUGCUUCACAGAGCAUUCUUGAGGUUGAAUACUUCGAGGAGGUCGGUACUGGCUUGGGACCUACCCUCGAAUUCUAUUCAACCGUCUCCAAAGAAUUUUCGAAGAAGAAGCUGAAGCUUUGGAGAGAAAUGGACUCCAAUGACUCGGAGGAAUACAUUUCCGGUGCAAGUGGACUCUUCCCUCGACCACUUAGUGACGAUGAAGCAUCUUCUCCUAACGGAGAACGUAUUCUUCAAUUAUUCAAGACCCUAGGCAAAUUCGUCGCUCGAUCCAUGAUUGAUUCCCGCAUCAUCGAUCUGAAUUUCAACCCUAUCUUCUUCCGCAUCGGGGACAGCUCAAUUGCACCAGGCGUAAAGCCCUCCCUCGGUGCUGUCAAGGUCGUAGACCCUGGUUUGGCUCGAUCUUUGAAGACUAUUAAGAAGUUUGCCCUGGCUAAGAAGGAGAUCGACGAGGAUCCUUCACGUACACCAGCACAAAAGGUUGCCGACACCGAAGACAUAACCAUUGAUGGUGUUAAGUUGGAUGAUCUAUGCUUGGACUUCACUCUCCCCGGAUACCCAGAGAUUGAGCUUAUGCCCAACGGCGCUCAGGUCCGAGUCACCAUUGACAAUGUGGAUUCUUACCUAGAGCAUGUUGUUGACAUGACUUUGGGGGUUGGUGUUCGCCGCCAGGUUGAUGCUUUCCGCACUGGCUUCUCCCAAGUCUUUCCCUACUCGGCCUUGAGUGCGUUCACUCCAGAUGAGCUCGUUACACUAUUCGGCAGAGUCGAAGAAGACUGGUCUCUUGAGACACUUAUGGAUUCGAUCAAGGCAGACCAUGGUUACAAUAUGGAUAGCAAGAGCGUUAAGAAUCUGCUCCAGACCAUGAGUGAAUUGAGUCCAGCUGAGCGCCGUGAUUUCUUGCAAUUCACAACCGGCAGCCCCAAACUGCCCAUUGGAGGUUUCAAGAGCCUAACGCCUAUGUUCACGGUCGUCUGCAAGCCUAGCGAGGCUCCUUACACGUCUGAUGACUACCUCCCUAGCGUCAUGACAUGCGUGAACUACCUCAAACUACCCGACUACACCAGCAUCGACGUGAUGCGCAAGCAGUUAUCCACGGCGAUCAAGGAAGGUCAAGGAGCGUUCCAUCUUUCAUAG